GAGCUCCCCGCGGUCCCACAGCAUCCUCUGGCCGACGUCUUGAAGGCUCCGUCUUGGGCGGACGGAGCCUCGUGCGCAGGCGCGAAGUUAGACCUCGCCGUAGCCCCCAUCGCCUCGGGGAGUCUCAUCCACAGUGGGUCCGCUGGCCCAUAGGGGCGCUUUCCCUCCUCUACCCUCCCGGGUUCUCCGCGCGCCCUACGCGCCCCAAUGGCGGAGCUGCGGCCUAGCGUCGCCCCCGGUCCCGCCGCGCCCCCGGCCUCUGGCCCUAGUGCCCCUCCGGCCUUUGCUUCACUCUUUCCCCCGGGACUGCACGCCAUCUACGGAGAGUGUCGCCGUCUCUACCCUGACCAGCCGAACCCGCUCCAGGUUACCGCUAUCGUCAAGUACUGGUUGGGUGGUCCAGACCCCUUGGACUAUGUUAGCAUGUACAGGAACAUGGGGAGUCCUUCUGCCAACAUCCCUGAGCACUGGCACUACAUCAGCUUUGGCCUGAGUGAUCUUUAUGGUGACAACAGAGUUCAUGAGUUUACAGGAGCAGACGGACCAAGUGGAUUUGGCUUUGAGUUGACAUUUCGUCUGAAGAGAGAAACUGGAGAGUCUGCCCCACCAACAUGGCCAGCAGAGCUGAUGCAGGGCCUAGCCCGAUAUGUCUUCCAGUCAGAGAACACCUUCUGUAGCGGGGACCACGUGUCUUGGCACAGCCCUCUGGAUAACAGUGAGUCAAGGAUUCAGCACAUGCUGCUGACGGAGGAUCCACAGAUGCAGCCCGUGCGGACACCCUUUGGGGUGGUGACUUUCCUCCAGAUUGUUGGUGUCUGCACUGAGGAGUUACACUCAGCCCAACAGUGGAACGGGCAGGGCAUCCUGGAACUGCUACGGACAGUGCCCAUUGCUGGCGGUCCCUGGCUGAUAACUGACAUGCGGAGGGGAGAAACCAUAUUUGAGAUCGAUCCACACCUGCAAGAGAGAGUUGACAAAGGCAUCGAGACAGACGGUUCUAACCUGAGUGGCGUCAGUGCCAAGUGUGCCUGGGAUGACCUCAGCCGGCCACCAGAGGACGAGGAGGAUAGCCGGAGCAUCUGCCUCGGCACACAGCCUCGGAGGCUGACUGGCAAAGACACAGAACAGAUCCGGGAGACCCUGAGGCGAGGACUGGAGAUUAACAGCAAACCUGUCCUUCCACCAAUCAAUUCUCAGCGACAGAACGGCCUCACCCACGACAGGGCUCCGAGCCGCAAGGACAGCUUGGGCAGCGACAGCUCCACGGCCGUCAUCCCCCACGAGCUGAUCCGCACACGGCAGCUUGAGAGUGUGCAUCUAAAAUUUAACCAGGAGUCUGGAGCCCUCAUCCCUCUCUGCCUAAGGGGCAGACUCCUGCAUGGCCGGCACUUCACCUACAAGAGUAUCACAGGCGACAUGGCCAUCACGUUUGUGUCCACGGGAGUGGAAGGCGCCUUUGCCACUGAGGAGCACCCGUAUGCAGCUCACGGACCCUGGUUACAAAUUCUGUUGACAGAAGAGUUUGUAGAGAAGAUGUUGGAGGACUUAGAAGAUCUAACUUCUCCAGAGGAAUUUAAACUUCCCAAAGAGUACAGCUGGCCUGAGAAGAAACUCAAAGUGUCCAUCCUCCCUGAUGUGGUCUUCGACAGUCCACUGCACUAGCCUGGGCUGGGCCCUGUAGGGGCCAAGAGGAGCCCAGCUGCUCCUAGUGACUUCCAGUGUGACAGCUUGUGACAGCUUGUAAAGGAGACACCCAUGAAUAAAAGGGCAAGUGUGGGGAUGACUGCAGAGUGCCACACCCACCACAGGCCCCACCCACCUCAGGCCCAGGGGCCUCACUCCUAGCAACCCAGCCCAUGUGACCAGGCCCCUGUCCUACGCCAGUGAGGGGGUGAGGAUGCACCUGCAGCCCUCCACACCCACCCGCUGCUGCCACAGGUUUCACUGAUGUGCUCCUGGAAUGAGACAGCCUUGCCAGACAGCCUGGUGUGUAGAACAUGCAUGAGGACACACUGCCUGGUCAACCCCAGCCAGCUUUUACUCAGUCAGGCUGUUCCACCCUGCAGAACGAUUGUUUUUUCUUGUGGAAACCGGAUGGUAUUUUUAUUGCUCAGCAAAGAUGGUCCAGAAGCCAUGUAUAUAGUGAUUUUUAAUAGGACUUAUUCCUAGAUGAACUUUAUUGUUCUUUUAGACAAGGGUCUGGGGACUCUUUUCCUGACCCCCAGAUCCCACAUACCCUCUUCCUGAAAAGAUGCUUGGUACUGUCUGUCAGCUCUGGACCCUGGAGGAGGCUGGGGACAGCUGACAUACUCCAUGCAGCCCUGAGUAGAGAUUGGCUGUGGCCUGGAAGGCACGCCAUUGCCUUCCAAGCGAAGUAAGCCUCUACAAGGCUCUGGGGACUUCAGGGACUCAAGGACACGUGACCCUAGCUAUGUCUUCCCAACCAGAUCUCCCAAGAACAAGAAGAGGGUAAAGCCCACUGCCUCCCCAUCCUCCUUCUCAGGGCCCCCAGCUCUUUGGUCCCCCCUCCCGUGGAGUCCCAGCCCCUGGGCUGUCUAGCUUAUGAAAAGCUGAGAACCAACCUCUCCACAGCUCUCCCUUUCAUUUUGCUGACACUGCUCCCUGUGGCCCUUCAUCUUUCUCACAUCCAUUCUGUCCCCAUCUCCCGUCCCUGUCUCUUCCUGCAGCCUGGCCCUCUUGUGGGUGCCAUGCUGUCACCUCCAGAACUGCAGAGCUUCCUGCCUUCCAGAGAAGGCACCUUUUGUGAGCUGCAGCGGAGAGAUCUCCCACUUCUGACCUGGAACUGGCAAAUGCCUUUCCUGCAUUCUUGCCUGCCUCUAUGUCGGAUGGUCUUUGUUCAUUCUUUAGAUUCAAAUGUCUCCAAAGGAAAGAUAUGUUGUCUGGCAGGGACCUUGAAAGAGCUCCCCUGCUCUGUCUGCCUCCACUGCCUACAACGGGAGCCUCCAGGGGCCUUGAGAACCCUGGCUGGGGUCAAAAAGAAGCAGAAAUUGGCCUUUGAAGGAAUGGCUCGAUCUGGCCUCAUCUGCAUAUCCUAGGUCUAAGCUCACCUGGCACUUAGAGGCAGACCUUCGGGAACAUCUCAGAGGCGACUACAGACCCCAACCAGCCGGAUAGAAAGCCUGUCUGGGGCAGAUACCACACUGCCCUGGGACCUUCCCACAGGGCAUCUCCAACCCUAGGACCUUCCCACAGGGCAUCUCCAACCCUAGGACCUUCCCACAAGGACAUCUCCAACCCUAGGACCUUCCCACAAGGGCAUCUCCAACCUUGCCUUUAAAACCUUGUCUUCUGAGAGUUCAUGGGCCACGAGAUGCAAUCAGCCUUGCCUCUGUUCCUUGCCAUCACCAGUGUUGUAACAGCUCCCCCUUCCUAAUUCUCUCCGGUGACCCGCCUCAGGGCCCCUCUUCAUUCUCCCCUAUCUCCAUUUGUCUGGCUUGGGGGCAAGAAUGCAUGCCCUGAGCACCACAUCACAGAGUUGGUGUUGGUACGUUAGUCUGUGAGACUCCUGGUCAACAACUUGUCCUCGAUCUGCAAGGUCUUUGCAGACUGGUGGUUGCCACCACCUGCUUGGGUGGCUCCAUUCUUGGGGAGCAGGGAAUGGCAGGUAAGCUCCAGAUGUUCACAGACCCUGAGGUCUUUCCUGCUUCCACUCUGUCAGGAACCUCAGGAAUGUCUAAACUCCUGCUGGGACCAGACCCUGUUGUUCUGUUCCUGUGCAAUGGCUCUGGGAGAGUGGGUAAUCUCAGCCUGGUCUGACCAGGCCUCCUUUCCCUGGGGCUCUGGUUUCUUCCAGAGGAAUCUCAGGGAAAGAGGUUCACCAUUAAGCUGCUGGCUGGGAAGAAGAGACCCUAACAUCGGAUUAAGCAAGACUGCCCUUACUGUGACACGUGAUGGGUGCUCGGUAGAGGGACCCUUCCUUCCCCUCCCUGCAGCAGCUCUUUGGGGUUAAGCCAUCAUGGGGAGGGGUUCAGGAGUCUUCCUCCCUGGCUCUACAGACUUCCUCAGCCUUUCCCCAUCCUUCAACCUUCCAGCUCCACAGGACCAGAGAUUCCGAAAGGAAGGGACUUCGACUUCCUGUAACUAAAGCUUCCUGGGGCCUGUGUGGGCUGCAGAGGGUGGCAGUGCUGGCUGCCAUGCUGGUGAAACAUGUUCCUCCUUUUCCAAGUGUGACACUCCAGCAGGGCCUGUAGAAGCUCUGGGGAGUCUAAAGGGCUAGGACACAUACGUGCCAGACCCUGGGGCCGGGGCCUGGGUUUGAGAUCGAGAGCUGGGAGAGAACCUGAAGAUUGGUGCCCCUAUGGGGCAGAUCAGAAAACUCCCUCAGCGGUAUUUUUUUAACCUGGUCUUCCCUCUCUGGCUUCCAUGAUCUUGGUGCCAGGCGAGGUGUCUGGGUCCCUGUUACAAGUCAGGAGCCCUGUCGAGAGACCCACUUCUUUUGUACAAAGAUCUGAAUGCUGCAAUGAACAGACUUUUGUACAUUUUUAUAUCAGUUUUUAAUGUCAGUGGCGACUCAGUUCCUAGGGCUACAGCUGGCUCUGGGUUUUUGUAAGAAAUUUUGGGUGACUCACUUAGAUUUUGUUCCUGCUUGUCCCUCUUCCUCUGUGUAAUCUAAGUGCAUUAAACAUAUCUGCAG